AUGUAUGCGUCGAGCAUUGGAGCUGAAGACUCUUUCUUCCGGUUCGGCGGUGACUCAAUCAUGGCCAUGAAGCGGCACCUUUGGCAAGAGAGCAUGGACUACGUAUUACGGGAUCUCGCUGCGGUGGGAAUCCAGCAUCCAGAUACUGUGGCUGGCGGCCCUGACCACCUUGUUCCCCCCUUCGCCUUGUCCCCAAUUCAAGAUCCUGCCCGGUACUUUGAGUGUGUUCGAGCACUGGGUCUGGUAUCAUCCCAGGCAGAGCUGAUGGACCUUUUCCCAUGCACGGUGGUGCAGUCGUUCUUCUUGGUCCGUCAAACGACACACCACUACUCGUUCUCCCUCACGGGGACGGUCGAUGUUGAUCGUCCCCGGGAGGCCUGCCGGGCUGCCCUCAGGAAGCACACGAUCCUGCGGACGCUCUUCACGAUGCACGACGGUCAGCUCACUCAGGUUGUCCUUCGUGUUAUGGAGUUCCCUUUCCACCAUGUCGCUGACCUUCCCAACGUCGCUGAGUUCCAGCAGUCGUUGUGGCAGGCGGAUGCCACCGGAAACAAGGUGUUACCUAGCCUACCAAUGCAGUUUGUCCUGCUGUCCAGUCAUGAUAAGCGAUAUCCCCACCAGCGCGGUGACGACCCUUUGGGAGAACCAGGAUGUCUCGCCGCCCCCGGAGCCGCCUGCAGGAAUCACAAUGGCGACAUUGAUCAAAGCGGCGUGGGCUCACGUCCUCUGGCAGAAGACCGGUCACCUCGAUGUCACUUUCACCCAAACAGUGAACGGCGCAGUCUGCCCCUGGCCCAGGCCGACAAGGUUCUGGGGCCCUGCAUCAAUUUUAUUCCAGUGCGGGUGACAAUUGAGCCAUCCUCCUUGACCGUCCGCGACUUGCUCCAGCGCAUCCAGGAGCAGCACACCCGCAGUAUGCGCCACGAUUUUGUCGAGUUUGGCGAUAUCGUCCGCAAUGCCACCUCCUGGCCUGCGACGACGGAAAUGCAAUCGAUUGUUCAGCAUCAAAACUUUGAUAGUGACUAUAAGCUACCUUUGCGUGGCAUGGAGUCGACCUUCUCGCUCACGCACAAUUUCACAGCGCUGUCAGAGCUUUUCAUGUUUACCUAUCCAUUGAAGGAACGACUGCUUAUGCAGGUCUACGUCUCCACUGCGGUCAUGCCCCAGCCGCAAGCUGCUGGCUUACUGGCGACAUUGUGCACCACCAUUGAGAGGUUUGCCCGAUUUCCAGAUCGAUACCUUGGGGAUGUGCUUUCUUAG